AUGGGUAACCAACAGUCGGGGCUUCUCGACAACAUAGCCUCCGGCUCGAAUUUCGACCGUGAGGAGGUAGAUCGCCUGCGAAAGCGCUUCAUGAAGCUGGACAAGGACAACUCCGGCACCAUCGAGCGCGACGAAUUCCUCGCCCUUCCACAAAUCUCGUCGAACCCCCUCGCAACACGCAUGAUCGCUAUCUUCGACGAAGACGGCGGCGGCGACGUCGACUUUCAGGAGUUUGUCUCAGGAUUGUCUGCCUUUAGCAGCAAGGGCAAUAAGGAGGAGAAGCUACGGUUUGCGUUCCGGGUUUAUGACAUUGACCGCGACGGCUACAUUAGUAAUGGAGAGCUGUUCAUAGUGCUGAAGAUGAUGGUGGGCAGCAAUUUGAAGGAUCAGCAGUUGCAACAGAUCGUUGACAAGACUAUCAUGGAGGCCGAUUUGGACCACGACGGCAAGAUCAGCUUUGAGGAGUUCACCAAGAUGGUUGAGAACACGGACGUCUCGAUGAGCAUGACCCUGGAUCAGUUCUAA